AUGUCUCCCUCAGACAUUGAAUGGUCUGGAGAAUUCAGAUGUGGCGAUGGAGUUUGUGGUGUAAACAAUAUCACCUCAUUGGAAGGUGCCAGUGCCGGUGCCCGAGGACGGUGCAUCGAAGCUGCAACUUCCCAAAAUGAGUGCUUUGACUUCUUUGGCUUUUUGGCCAGCGGUUCUGACGCAGACCUGGAUUUUGAACUUCAUUUUGAUCCUUUAUCGGCUGGAUCCAAUGCUGGAACUGACCUCGUGGAAUUGGUGGCUUGCCUGUUGGAUCUGAUGUUGGGGUUGAUCUCACAGAACUCAGCACCCUGUCCGCUGGAUCCAAUGCCAGAACCAAUUUCGAGGAAACCACGGACCCAGCUCUUGAGUGUCGCCCAGCAGCCGCUGAAGCUGACCCUGCCUUCGACACCAAUUGCAGCAGCAAAGCGCUAUGGAAACAUUUACACUGUAUGGGGAGGACCUGAGCCUAUAGUAGUAUUGUCUGGAUUUGAAACAGUGGAAGACGCGUUGGUAAAGAAUUCAGAAAACUUCGCUGGACGACCAGUGACCCCUUUCUUUAAAGUUGUAACCAAAGAAAAGGGUAUCGUAUUCUCAAAUGGUCACACCUGGAAGCAGCAGAGGAAGUUUGGGCUAGUUACCCUGCGGAAGCUGGGGCUCGGGAAGAAAGGUGUGGAGAACCAAGUACAAGAGGAGGCCCAACAGCUUGUUGAGACUUUUGCACGUGCAAAGGGGCAGCCAAUCGACCCUUCAAUACACCUCGUUAAUGCAGUUUCCAAUGUAGUAUGCGCUCUGGUUUUUGGACACCGGUAUUCUGUUGAGGAUGAGGAAUUUCUCCAGCUGAUGGAUGCCGCUGAUUAUAGCCUAAAAUUUGGAAGUUCUUUCUUUCAUGUUCUGUAUGAAAUGUUCCCAGGGAUCAUGAAACAUAUCUCAUGGCCAUACAAGAAGGCAUUUGAUGCUGUAGAUGUUGUGCUUUCACAUGCAAGGAAAGAGAUAGAAAAGCACAGAAGGCAACUGGCAGAGCAUGAUCCAAGAGAUUACAUCGAUUACUAUAUACUUCAGAUGGAGAAAAGCAAGAAUGACCCCACCUCAACAUAUAAUGAGGAGAACCUGGUUCAGAGUAUUUCUGACCUCAUUGUUGCCGGAACGGACACUACCAGCAGCACUUUGCAGUGGACAAUGCUUCUCAUGUUGAUUCAUCAAGAUGUCCAAGCAAAAGUCCAGAAGGAGAUAGAAGAAGCUUUUGGUUCCACACAAUCAAUCGACUAUCAGUAUCGGAGGAAAGUGCCCUACACAUUUGCUACGAUUCAUGAGGCCAUGCGUUUCAAGUGUGUUUUAUUAGCUGGGAUUCCUAGACUAUGUCUGAAGGAUAUAAACAUUCUGGGUUCUCAUAUCCCUAAGGGCUGCACUGUUGUUCCAAAUGUAUACUCAGUUCUUUUUGAUCCCAAGCAAUGGGAGACUCCUGAAAAGUUCAACCCAAAUCAUUUUUUGGACAAGAAUGGACAAUUUGUGGAUAGAGAAGAACUUUUGCUCUUUGGUGCAGGAGCCCGUAUAUGUGUAGGGAAAGAGAUGGCAAAGAUGGAGGUCUUCAUCUUCUUCACCAAUCUGUUGAGAGCAUUCAACUUCAGGCUUCCAGAAGGAGUGAAAGAAGUCAGCACAAAGCCUAUAAAAGGAUUGACAAUGACUCCACAACAUUAUGAAGUCUGUGCUAUUCCCCGCAACAGCAAUUCAUGA